AUGGCGAGCGGGGUGGAUCGCAUCAGCGCCCUCCCGGAUGACGUCCUCCACCAAGUGCUCCACUUCCUGCCGUCUCAAGAGGUGGUGCGGACGUGCAUGCUCGCCCGGCGCUGGCUCGGCGUCUGGAGGUUCAUGCCCGCCCUCCGCUUCAACGGCGCCAAGGGGUGGGGCAGCGCCGACAAGUUUGCCCAGUUCGUGGACCACCUCCUUCACCUCAGAUUCGGGGACGACGGCGGCAGAUGCGCGCCUCUGGAUUCCUGCGAUUUCGACUUCGAUGCCGACGGGUUCAUGCGAUUGCCCGCUAACGAGCGGCAUGCGAGCAACUGGAUCUGGAAAGUCGUGCCCCGUGUCCGAAUGCUACGGCUUCGUGUGGUCGAGUUUGGGCAGGAGCCCUCGCCAUUAUCUGAUCUGCAUCUCGUUUCCCAGCACCUCACCAAGUUAGAGCUUGGACCUUCAUAUGUGACUGAAACAGAAGGAAUGUACAAACCAUUGGGACUGUCAGUUGCAUCUAACUGUCUUAAGAUCGUUGAAAUCAGAUGUGCAAAUGUUGACUGGUGGAGCCGAAUUCUUUUCGACAGGGAUUUGAAGUGGUGCCCUACAUUUACCAAGUUGAAGACUUUGUUACUCAAUGAUUGGUGUUUGGCUGCCGACCACAAUGCACUGAUUUGUUUUCUUCAACACUCGCUGGUUUUGGAGAAGCUUACACUUCAACUUUCUAAGGGACCUUCAUAUGUGACUGAAACAGAAGGAAUGUACAAACCAUUGGGACUGUCAGUUGCAUCUAACUGUCUUAAGAUCGUUGAAAUCAGAUGUGCAAAUGUUGAUAGUAAGGUUUCAAUUUUGUUUGCAGUAGUUUCAGCUAAAACUAGAGGUAUGAUGAUCUGA